AUGCCUCGUGUGCCUGAGGGCUGGCGCCCUCAGUUCGAUGACAGAUACCAGGAAUGGUACUAUGUCAAUCUGCACACAGGACAGUCACAAUGGGAACGUCCCGACCGACCAGCUCAGCCUAACGGCCCUGCACCACCUCCCAACGGCCCACCCCCCAGCUACGAUGCCAGCACAGGUCGCAGGACCCCGAACAAUGACAGAGGCUCCCCGUGGCCACCGAACCGCGACAGCCGAAGCCCCUAUCCCCCGCAGCCGGGUUACGGCUACAACAACAAUAACAACCCGUACCCGCCCCAAAACUACAAUACCCCGCCUCCGCAACCCAACCCCUACAACCAGUAUCCCAACCAGUACCCCAACCAAUACAAUAACCCGUAUCCAAACCAAUAUCAAAACCCUUACCCGAACCAAUAUCCCGCGCAAUACGCUCAGCCGCCCAUGCAGCAGCAACCGCAGCCUCAGCCGGAGCAGAAGAAGAAAAAGCGGGGGCUGGGGAUGGGCGGCGCCGCGGCCCUGGGAAUCGGGGGUGGCUUGCUGGGAGGAUUGCUUCUGGGCGAGGGGAUCGAGCAUCUGGAGCACGACUUUGAUGGCCCGCCGCCUGGGGAUUUUGGCCCGGGGCCGGACUUCGGUCCGGGGCCAGAUGAUGGGUUCUGGUGAGGGGGAUGCAUUGAUGGGUUACUGUAUAGCGAAUCCUUUUCCCGGAUAGGAUAAUGAUUGUGGAUAGGGGAUCACAUUACACAGACAGGGUUGGGGUUCGUCACGGGAUUUAUGAACUAUGUUUAUGAAAUGUUAAUGAUAUUUUUGGAGAAAAU